AUGUUUGUCUCCCAACUAUCUCAGCCGCCGCCUCAGAGCCUGGUGCAGCUCAUCGAGCUCUGUGGAGGAGCUGUGAGCAGAAGUGUGCGUCAAGCCGGCCUUUGUAUCGGGAAGUACAGGGGCAGGAGGCCAGAAGGCAGCAGGGUGCUGUCAGAGAAAUGGGUGCUUGACUGCAUCACUCAUUUGAAGCUGCUGCCUUAUGAUGGCUACAUUUUGGAUUAA